AUGAGUUCCAUCAAUAGAGGAAAAUUGUAUAAAGACUUAUUUUGUGCUUAUUCAAAAGCAUAUUCCGAAACAAAAUCGAAACAAUCGAUUCAGGACAAUGUGAACAACAUUUGGUCAAACAUCAAAAACGAUUCAAAUGUUGCUAGUCUAAUUGAGGCUAGAAUUUCUGAACUAAAUAAAAUUAAGGCAAGAAAGCAGGUUAGUCUUCAUACACUUAGGCUUCGUGCCAGUGAAAAAGGAAAUUUUUUUAGUGUUAAAGCACCUGAAGAAUCGACAAAUCGAUCAAGUCCCGUUGUCGAAAAUGAAGAAAUAGUACAUCCAACGACUUCUCAAAAAACAGCCGCCUCGAAUGUUAUUGAAGAAGAAGGUGCACCAUCAAACAAAGAAACACAAAUCGAUGUAACCGACCAGGUACAGAGCGUUAAAGCCAACCCAACUCCAGCUCAAUGCAGCAUAAAAAGUGAGAUUGUGGUGUUACUAUCAGAUGUUAAAGCAUUGAAAAUGCGUCGAGAUUGUGGACUGUUGACCGAAAAUAUGGAAAGUGAACUGAAAUUAAAGACAAAGAAUUUAGAAGCAUUAAGGAAACGACUAAAAAAGAAAGAGCGUGAUAUGAUUCGACACCGGAAACGACGCCUUAGAAAAAAGCCUUCGCUUGAAAAUGCAUGCGAAAAUAAUCCAGAUCUAAAGAAGAAAUUGAGCAUUCGAGGCAAAGUGGGCCGACCACGUAUCGAAGAAGAUCAGCCGUAUCUUUUAAAAGCUAUUAUUGACUUGGCCAUGCAUGGGUCUGCAGCGCACGAGAGGCGUCGAGACGAUUCCAUAAGAACAGUAAAAACCCUUGAUGAUCUAGUAACAAAACUGCGCGAAGAUUAUGGUUAUAAUUUGUCACGGAGUGCAACGUAUUUGAGACUAUUGCCUAAGAGAGCUAAUUCAACCGAAGGAAAGCGUCAUGUCAACUCUGUUCCAGUGAAGCUAAUCCGACCUGACAACGACUUGCAUAAAGAUCAUAUGGACGGAAGGUUUGCCAAAACAACAAUCAGUCAUAUUGACAGUAUGGCUUCGUUAUUAGGGCCGAAUGAAGUGACAUACAUUAGCCAGGAUGACAAAGCUAAGGUUGCAAUAGGCCUACCAGCGGCAUCCAAACAAGCGCCAUUGCUAAUGCACAUGGAGUACAGAGUCAAGCUUCCCGAUCACGACUUUGUGAUAGCGAAAGGACACAAACUGACUCCAUCGGUUUAUGGAUUUUGUCAAAUUAAGGCAAACGGUGGUGGCGAUGCGUCAGCGAUAAGCUAUUCAGGUCCAACGUUUGUGGCUAUAAGGUCAUCCAAGCACUCUUCGUCUACAGCUUUUUCGCACGCACGGGAUUUGGAACAGAUCUACGAAAAGUCUGAAUUCAGCGAAUUUACACAUACGACGAUCGGUGGAAAACUGAAACCAAAACCGGUUCUUGUUUGUAUUGUGGACGGUGGGCCAGACGAAAAUCCGCGUUACGAAAAGGUUAUUAGCAUGGCAGUUCAUCAUUUCGUGCAACUAGACUUAGAUGCCAUCAUGAUCGCGUGCAAUGCACCAGGACGUAGUGCCUUCAACCGGAUUGAACGGCGUAUGGCGCCGUUAAGCAGAGCAUUGACAGGCCUGAUACUUCCGCACGAUCACUAUGGCACUCACCUAAACAGUCAGGGACAAACUGUUGAUAUAGAAUUGGAGAAGCAGAAUUUCUCAUACGCCGGCAAGGCUCUAGCAGAAGUCUGGUCAGAUACACUUAUUGAUGGACAUUUGACUGUAGCUGAAUAUAUAAAGCCUGAACAAUCUGAUAUCGAUCAGGCAUCGAUCAUCUCGAAGGACGAAAAGUGGUGCAGCCGACAUGUGCAUCAGUCUCAGUAUUUGCUUCAAAUACUCAAAUGUUCUGACAAUCGUUGCUGUAACCAAGGCUCAAACGAAGGAUUGAAACACGCCAACAUCAACGAUAUUGAAAACUAUGCGUCAUUAUUCGUGACGCUGGCACUACAAAAGAUUGGGCAUUCACAUGCCAUUUAUGACACCUAUUGUCCUUCGGUGCAAUCAAAACUCGAUUCACGAACAUGCUCGUGCAAUCAAUAUUUCAGUUCCGUUGUCUCGAUGAAACGACAUUUGAAAGACAAUUUUAUUUGUAAAAAAAACAUAAAGAUCGUUAAGCCUGUGAAAAUUCUCGGAACACGAGGGAAUGAGUCGUUAGUUGUAGUCCGCUAUAAUGUUGAAGAAGAUGUCGAGUGGCUUCCGAGUGUGGAGGUAGACGGUGAAUUUUUAGAUAAAGACGAACAACCUUCGAGUAGUAUAAUUUAUGACAAUGAAACAAGAUUAAAACCAAUUUGGAGAACUGUUUAA